AUGUCUCCUUUAUCCGCAACGUCUGUCUCUCAUAUUUUGGCAUCUGCCACAACAAGGCCACCAUUCCAGAUCAGUCACAGUCCCGUGGUGAUGAUAGACACGGCCCAAUCUCCUCCACCAACGCCACAUGGUUAUGUGCUCUGGCAAAAGCAGACGCUGCGCGAACAAAAGGAUGCUGUGGGAAAACCAUUUCCACCUCAGUACGUUGAAUUAAGGGGCUGGAAGUUUGUACGUAUCGAGGACCUGGCUAUUUGUGCCCAGCCACCAUCCUCAGGCUUGCCUUCAUUUGAAAGGCGUGAUCAGGAGCUCAACGAUGAGCCUGAACAAUUGGUGGAGAGGGCCAAGGUCAAAGAAUACAUCUUCACAGGCUCUCGCGAACAAGACAUCCACGCAUUGCAUGACUACAUCGAGGCUUGCAACAAGGCCAUUCAUGCUCUUGAUCCUGCCAAUCGAGAAGCACGUACACUGGCAAGGUUGAAGCUUCGGAUGGACAUGACAAUCCUUAGAGAGUCACUGAAAGAGGAGCUUGAGGUCUUGACAGAAGAGAACAGUGAAGAUGGCUACCAGGGAUUCGAUGAUGGGCCGAUCGACGAAUGCCAGUUCCCGCGAUCGAAGAUGCGACCGAAAGGAUAUCGUUGGUCCUGUCCAGGGUGGCUAUGA